AUGAAGGAACUUCUUGACUCGGAUCGAGUCAACUUUCUGGUCUGGAGGUUCGUCAAGCCCAAUUAUCGAGAGACAGCCGCCAAAUUUCAAAAGGAGUGGCACAUCAAGGAGCCGCAUCGCCAUUUUGAUUUUGCUCCCUACGUUCAGACUCAUGCCCUGGUGUCUGUAAUCAACCGAGGGUUAAUCUACAAUUCCCUAGAGAGGGAAUAUGCGCAGAAACAGACGGCCCAGGAAACCCUGGCCAACGCUGGCAAUUCACAGCGAGGCAUCUUUGGACCGCUGGUUGUACAGCCUCCUCGGAAGAUUGAGGACGAUGACUCGGAGGAUGCAGAGGAAGAUGGUCCCCUCGAUGAGCGAGAUCGACUUUCUAGGAAACGCCAAAUUGACCCGCGACUACAGCAUCACGCAGGGCAAUGGAAUGGGAACGGGUCGCCAACGAAAAACCGCGAUUGA